AUGAUGAGAAGGAGAGAGAACCAUCUCUCCAUCCGCGCUGAUUGAGACUCCGUCUUAGCUAGCCACUCCACGCAUAUUUCGAUGUUCACUUUAUGGGAUCAAGUGGAAUCGCUCCAAACUCAUUCUGCUUGGAAAUAAAGUCCUGCAAAAGUGAAAGUCUUAAAACUCGCCGUUGUUCGGGGAUGUUAUAUAUUUAUUCACACGGAUCUUGGAGGAAGAAAUAUUGAGUUCAACAAUUGUAAUAUUUUACAAUAAUUCCACGGAUGAGCAAAUUUGGAUCCGCCUGUUUUUUUAGACAGCGCUGCCGCUCCGGGUAUUAGGAUAUGGGACUGGGCUGUAUAGUUUGGAAUUACAGGACCUGAUAGGUGGGAUUGGAUCGCCCUAAAUGAAUACUCGCUACGACGCCGGGAGCUGAGAGCCGCAACUUGUGAUGAUGGGGUCGAGUCGCUGGUGCACCGUGCUGCUGCUGCUGCUGCUGCUGGUGCUGUUGACAGCUUGCCCGUUGGCUCUAGGACAACAAGACAACUCCCAAAGCACCAAAAGCAUUGAGAGAAACCCUCCCAAGUCUUUGGGAAUUCUGGAGGGACAGGGGGUGUCACCUCUGGGACGCUGGAUGUUACAGACUAGAAGCCGAGCAGCUAACGUCACUUCCAUGGAACUUCCCUAUCGCUCUCCCAUCCCCUUCUCCAAGCAGGAAUUCUGGGAGAUGAUGGGGAGUGACCUUCAACCCGAUUCCGUCUCAAGGGUCAAACGACGGCCCAUCGUCAAGACAGGCAAGUUCAAGAAGAUGUUCGGCUGGGGGGACUUCUACUCUAACAUCAAAACGGUGCGCCUCAAUCUUCUGAUCACGGGCAAGAUUGUGGACCACGGGAACGGCACCUUCAGCGUUUACUUCCGGCACAACUCCACUGGCCAGGGAAACAUCUCCGUCAGCCUGGUUCCCCCAGUCAAGGCCGUGGAGUUUGAUCUGGAGCGGCAGAGUGUGGUCUAUCCCAAGGACUCCAAGAUCUUCAACUGCCGGGUGGAGUACGAGAAGGUGGACCGCAACAAGAAGACCUCGCUGUGCAACUACGACCCCUCCAAGACCUGCUUCCAGGAGCAGACCCAGAGCCACGUCUCCUGGGUCUGCUCCAAGCCCUUCAAGGUCAUCUGUAUCUACAUCUCCUUCUACAGCACUGACUACCGUCUGGUCCAGAAAGUGUGCCCGGACUACAACUACCACAACGAGAUGCCUUACCUACCCUCUGGAUAGAGGCACCGGGACUGGAGGAGCAUCCUUUGUGAUAACAUGCAGAGGAUCCUCUUGAAUUGAGGACUGGUGGAAAAAAUACUACUGGAAGGACUAUGUGUUGUAUAUAUAUAUAUAUAUAUAUAUAUAUAUAUAUAUAUAUAUAUAUAUAUAUAUAUAUAUAUAUAUAUAUAUAUAUAUAUAUAUAUAUAUGUGCAAGGUAUGUGGUAUAACAGGACUGAGAAAUCUAGAGAGCUGGUGGGGGGUGGGGGGUGGUCUAGUGGUUGUAUUUGAAGUUAGCAUGGCUAAUUUAAAAAAAAAAACAGAGUGGUUCAGGGAUUGGAGCUGAGGGACUGUGCGGGAGAUAAUGUGAACUAGUGUUUAGAGCCGAGGAGCAUGUAUGCAUGUCCCCUAAACAUCAUAUCUGCAUACAUUAUGCUUUUGUGCAAAUAUGAUCUUUAGGGACAAUCAAAUACAAAUCAAAAUGGUUUACUGCUGUGAUUGAUGUCUAAUUGUUCACACAAUUGCUUCAAGCAGCCUGGUACCUUUUCGGUUCUGAAUUUCACAAGACUUACUAUAUGCUACUAGCUCUGUACUGUAUAUCUAUUAAAAUGUUAAUACUGUACAGUAUGUAUCCCUCUAAGUGGAUGUUUUUUUCAGUAUGUUUCAUUAUGUGUGAAGCAGUGAAGGUUAGCACAGCUAGAAACUUGUAUUCAUUGUUUACUGGUACCAGAGCUGAAGUCUAUGGAAAAAACUACAGAUGGCUGAGAUGAUGGAUCAUAGAGGUUUGGAUCGUAGAGGUUAGACCAGCUGUGAACAUGACCACUAGAAUCACAAGAUCUUAGUUGAGCGUUCUUGUGGAUGCAGUUUCCUCAGUCUAAACUACUUUGCUAGCCUGCAUCCAAGCCCAACACCCACACAACUGUGCUAGCUCAGUCCUCAGCUGGAAGGGCUAGACUGUCUUUUAGGCCUAACUCUUCUCAUUGAACUAUCAGGACUGAUAUUUAUAAAGUGUAAGCAAAGCGUGAGCGUCAAAAGAGUCCAAUUACAAAUCUGAACUCUCUUUAAAACAGUGUGACUACAUUUCCAGAGCAGUUUACUGUUGAAGUGAAAAGCAUCCUAAAACUUAGGGCCAUCUUAAAUGACAACUAUUCUGGUCUUCAAAUAUAGCAAAAGACCAGUCUGUCCCUCAGCAGUAAUCUGUAGUUCACACCUUAAACCCACUUUUAAGGAUCCUUUGAUUCACACUAACAGUAUUAAGAGACUAAUAUUCACAAGUGAAGUGUGGGUACAGAGGGACUUGGAGUGGCUUCAAAUGCUUGGAUUAUUGUGAUUUUCUCCAAGAGCGUUGAUCAUGGAAAUACAAGGUGUAUGGAGGAACAUCAUGUAUUGCCAAAACCUUGUGUUGCUAGAACUUCAGGUUUCCCACCUGCUACUUGCUGAAGUUCUCACUAAAGGGGGUUCCUGGUUCUUGGUCCACAAAGACUCUUGAUAGAGACAGUGGCCCAAGAUUUCUUCAGUCAUUUGGGGUUCAAAUAACCAUCUCAGCCUGGUUCUUACAAUGAAGGUGCAUAUGCCAUACCCAAACCCAAUUUCCUUUUGGUGGCUGGAAGCAGGGGGUAUUAUUGUUUUCAGUACACCUCAUAGAGGACAUGUGACUACUUGACUUGACCCCUGUAACAGCUAAGUCUCUUUUCCAUUUGGUAUACAGUAUGAAAGUCCCCCUAGUGUGAAAAAUCUAGCUGUACACAAUACACAUGCGUGUUUAGUAAAUGAUUGUGUGUUGGUAGUACAGAAUGAUUAAACAUUAUAUAUAAAACAAUAAUUUAAUCUGUAUUUGCAUUACUUCAAAUGCAUAUUUAGUGACUACACUAAAACCUAUGAGAUCAAGUCAUUAAAAAAGCAUCUAACUUCCCCAUAUUGUGUAAUAACGUCCAAUGGCAGUCCUUCAUUCGCUUACCUCUCCGUUAUUCUUUAGGCUUUUCUUAAAGGUUCACAAGGUUUCUAUUCUUUGACCUACACACAAGAAUUUGACUUGGAUUCACUUUCACUGUCACUUUAGUUAAGCACUGUUAGUAACAUUCAGGGAUGGAGACUAGAGACCCCAGAAUGAUUGUAUAUUUCUAAACGUACAUCCCAAAAAUUCAACCAAGCUACUCACAAUCCUCAUAAUCAAAAUACACCAGGUCACCAG